CUAACCGGAAGUGUAUUGUUUGUUUACAAAAAACUAACCCAUGUGUCUUUGGAAAAUCUUGCGACAAUGAAAUAAGCUUCCCUCAUUAAACGAUGGCAACCAGCGAGCAUGAAAAGGAACAGUCUAUCGGUCUCCAGGUUCAUACGUUUUCUGAAAAACUAAUGGACACUCAAGUUUUCUUUCAAACAAUUGUAUUUGACCAUGGUUUUUUCUUGUGGAUUGGUACAUCUCCAGCUGCACUUGGGGACCUCUCUCUUGCCAUGAAGACUAAAUAUAGCCAAGAACCAAGCGCAUCAACACUGUUUGGAACUUCUGAUUCUCCAACCACAGCACUAGCACAAAGAUUAGCAAAGAAAACAAGUAAACAAGUAUUUGUUGGUGGAAAUUUGAAUUAUAAUCAGCUGAUGUUACCAUUGAUAGAAAAAAGAAUUGGUGAAGAAAUGAAAUCGCAUCCAGAAAUUUACAUGCAGUGAAAUUUUAAAACAAUGCUAAAGUAUAGAUAAUAGAAUGAAAGAGUGCUAACAGUGAUACAGACAAACCAGUGCUAAAAGACCAGAAACAAUGACCAUCACUUUGGUCAAGUGCCCUCUUAUGCAUCCGUGGAUUUGUUAACAAAUAUAUGAUUUAUAUGAACAGAUUGAGCAUGUUUAGCAUAAGAAAAUGCUUAACAUUGUAUAUAUAU